UCCUACCCAUCUUUCUCUCUCUGUAGCUUACCUUCUUUACACGCCACUUCUUCCUCCCCACGACCCCAUUAGUGCAAUGUAAACACCGCCCUGACGUGCCGAACCAUUCGUGCAACCAAAAGGGUAUAUACUUUUAGCACAAUCCCUGGCAGCAAGCAAAGCAUCUCAUUUCGAUCUUAUCCCCACUUCACUUGGUGUCAUCCCCCAACACUUAUAUGCACUCCCUCCCCUCCACGACUCUCUCUCGCUACUUUGCACUCGCUAUGUCCGAUCAAAGUGUUCUCGACGUCUUGGCUUCUCAUGGGGUCACUUGUCUCUUGUCUUCUCAUGGCCAGGUUCCCCUCUCAUCCCUUGAAAACCAGUCAAUCUGCAUCCUCUUCUCUGCAAAUUGGUGCAGGCCUUGUAGAACCUUCAUUCCUCAGCUGGCGCAGCUUUAUGAGACUGUAAAUGCUGCUGGUGAGCAUCCACUCGAGAUCCUAUUCGUUUCUUUGGAUCAUGAUGAGAAUGCUUUCCAUGAGCACUUCCGGUGCAUGCCCUGGCUCGCUGUCCCCUUCGAUGCGAGCUUGCGCGGACGACUCAAUAAACACUACCGCGUCCAUCGCAUUCCAUCCCUCAUUCCCUUGACCUCGGAAGAGAUGCCGGGUCAUGAUGAGUUGAUUGGUUUGAUAGAAGAUUAUGGAGCUGAAGCGUUCCCUUUCACGAAGAAAAGACUGGAGGAACUCAAGAUUCUUGAUGUUUCCAGGCGCGAAGGUGGAAAUUUGGAGCACCUAUUUGCAGGGGAAGGUCGAGACUAUCUUUUCCUUUCCGACGGUGGAGCUGGAAGGCUGUCGGUAUCCCAUCUCAUUGGUAAGACCAUUGGGCUCUACUUCGGGGCAAGUUGGAGUCCUCCAUGUUCCGAUUUCACUCAGCAACUCAUGGAAGCUUACGCUGAGCUCAAAGCAGCCACUAGAGAUCAAUGCUUCGAGGUUAUAUUCAUUUCGACAGAUGGUAAUAAGGAAGAAUUCGAUGCGUACACUAGCAGCAUGCCGUGGCCGUUCAUUCCAUACGAGGAUGAGAGCCGAAAAGAUCUGUGCAGAAUCUUCGACAUCCGGAGGAUCCCGGCAUUGAUAAUCAUAGGCCAAGAUGGGAAGACGGCGAGCAGAGAGGGGAGAGAGAUGGUGUCGGAGUACGGGGCAAUGGGGUUCCCGUUCACGGCGGAGAGGAGGAGAGAGAUAGAAGAGGCGUUGAGGAAGGAAGGAGAGAAGCUGGGGAGGGAGGUGAAGGACGCGAGGCACGAGCAUGUACUGAAGCCGGGAAUGGCGAAGGCGUAUGUAUGCGACUUGUGCAAGAGAGGAGGGAGGUUCUGGGCAUUGUCUUGUGAAGACUGCAACUACGACCUUCAUCCCACCUGCUUGAAAUUGAUAUGAACUCAUGCAUGGUAAUAACUUAGUUGUGUAUCCUAUUAAAUGCUUACUACACACUUGAUAAAUCAGAGUGGCACAUGCCACCAUCUCAUCAACAAACUAUCCUAUCGAGGCAAUUACAGGAAAAACAUUCCAAGCCUCGGCUUUUAUCUUUAAGGAUUGGAUUGGAUUGAUUU